CCUCCUCUUACGAUGAUGGGAAAUAAAGGGAUAGAGCAUUUCACUUAGACUGUCCGCCUUUUCAAUUAUCCUUGUCGUUUUGAUCCCAUACAGCAACACUUUCUUCUGCCUUUCAGGACCAUGGAUCCCUCAAGGAAGCGAUCAACAGCGGCAGAUCUGCCCUUGCUCGUUGCAAAGGCAAAGCGGAAGCGUCCCAACGACAACCAGAUCUCAUCUAAGAUCGAAGCAAUUGUCCCCGAGUCGAAACUGUACACGGAGCUACUGGACUUCGAAAAGAAGCUGGAUGCUACUAUCAUGAGGAAACGUCUGGACCUACAGGAGACACUCAACAAACCUGUUAAGAUCAAGCGUACACUUCGCAUCUUUAUCUCAAACCUCUCACACGACCAGGACGCGCCAGAAUCCGAGGAUGAUGAACCGCAGCUGGACAAGGGGCCCACACCUUCAUGGACACUCAAGGUCGAAGGACGCCUCGUCGAUGAAGCAAACGCAUCAGCGUACAAAAACAGACAGACAAGCCGAAAGUUUUCAAGUUUCUUCAGAUCAGUGAUGAUUGAGCUGGAUCGCGACUCGAACCUGUUUCCGAACGGCAAUUUUGUAGAAUGGCAUAAAUCGCCCAACCAGGCGGAUGUCGAUGGAUUUGAAAUCAAGCGACACGGGGAUGAGAACGUCAAAGUCCGGGUUAUUCUUCAUGUCGACAACUCUCCAGAGCGUUUCAAAUUGAGCCCCGAGUUGGCGGAUGUGCUGGCGAUCGAUGUGGAGACCCGUCCGGGAAUUAUGCUGGCGCUGUGGCAGUAUAUCAAGUUCCAUCAGCUGCAGGAUCCUGAAGACAAGAGGAAUAUCAACUGUGACCAGAAGCUUGCAGCAUUGUUCAACCAGCCAAAGAUCUCAUUUCCAGCACUCCCAGAGCUGAUUGGACGCUUCUUGUCGCCCCCAGAUCCUAUCGUGCUGGAAUAUACCGUCCGGAUUGACAAGCCCUAUCACCUCUCAUCAUACUGCUACGAUCUGGACGUGGAAGUCGACGAUCCCCUGUUCAAGAGCAAGAUCUCUUCUUUGCUUUCAUCCACAUCCCUCAAUGCGGCUACCAACAGCCUGCCGAAGCAGAUUCAUGCGCAAGAUGAACAAAUCAUGCAGUACAUUCAAAGCAUGCACAACUCGAAAACAAAGCGCGACUUUUUACUACGGUUCGCGAACGACCCCGCAGACUUCUUGGAUCGAUGGGUGGCCUCUCAGAGCAGGGAUUUGGAGGUCAUCCUGGGCGAGUCGCAUGUGAACCUGGAGGAGCAGAGACGGUCAGAGUUCUAUAAUCAGCAAUGGGUCAACGAGGCAGUUUUCCAUUACAUGACCGCCAAGAACCAGAAGAAGCUGCAGGAACUUUUGAGUGGAAACCCUCAGCCGGUCCCGAGCGCGCCUGCAGUGAACCCUCAGCAGCAGCAACAACAACAACAGCAGCAACCACAGCCAGGCAUGAUACCGGCAGGAGGACAUCCGCCACCACAUCCUCAGCAGCAACAGCAGUUCCAGCAGCAAGGCAUGGCUCCUGGUCAUCCUGGUGGGCGGUUUUAGACGCGCUGCUGUCAAAGUGUGCUGUCUUUCUCAGCUGGCAUCUCCCUUUCUUUUCCCCCAAUAAACCAAAGUAAUAUAUGAC